AUGUAUCUUUACAAUAUCACACUUCAAAGGGCUUCUGGAAUUACUCAUGCUGUGCACGGCAAUUUUUCGGGAACCAAGCAACAGGAAAUUGCUGUUGCUCGUGGAAAAAUCAUCGAGUUACUGCGUCCAGACCCGAAUUCUGGAAAGGUAUACACACUCUUGACAUGUGAAUCCUUCGGGAUUAUACGUUCUUUCAUGCCUUUCCGACUCACUGGCAGUAGUAAAGAUUAUCUUAUUGUUGGGUCAGAUUCGGGGCGUGUAGUCAUCUUAGAGUACAUCCCCUCUAAAAAUAUCUUCGAGAAGGUCCAACAGGAAACCUUUGGGAAGAGUGGCUGCCGCAGAAUCGUCCCUGGACAGUAUUUGGCUGUCAAUCCUAAGGGCAGAGCAUUCAUGAUAGGUGCUGUGGAAAAGCAGAAGUUGGUGUACAUAAUGAAUCGUGACUCUCAGGCGAGGUUGACUAUAUCCUCUCCUUUGGAAGCACAUAAAUCAAACACAUUGGUCUAUCAUAUGGUUGGAGUGGACGUUGGAUUUGACAACCCGUUGUUUGCUUGCAUCGAAAUGGAUUAUGAAGACGCGGACCAAGACCCAACCGGUGAAGCAGCCCGCGGAGCAAAUCAGCUGCUGACAUACUAUGAAUUGGAUUUAGGAUUGAAUCAUGUGGUCCGCAAAUAUUCAGAGCCUCUAGAGGAACAUGCUAACUUUCUAAUCGCUGUACCGGGUGGCAACGAAGGUCCCUCUGGUAUUCUUAUAUGUUCUGAAAAUUAUAUCACUUACAAGAAUUUUGGUGAUCAGCCCGAUAUUCGCUGUCCCAUUCCUCAAAGAAGAAACGAUCUGGACGAUCCUGAUCGAGGGAUAUUAUUUGUGUGCAGUGCAUCUCAUAAAACAAAGAAUUUAUUUUUCUUUUUGGCACAAACUGAACAAGGUGACAUCUUUAAAAUCAACCUGGAAGUUGAUGAUGACAUGGUCACGGAGAUAAAGUUGAAGUAUUUUGACACCGUCCCGGUUGCCUCUGCUAUGUGUGUGUUGAAAACUGGCUUCUUGUUUGUGGCUUCUGAAUUCGGGAACCAGCCAUUGAAAAACCUAAUCGAAGUUGAUAUUGCGGACUUUGCAAACGAGGAUACUCCGCAGUUGGCGGUGCUGUGCGGUAGGAGUGCGGGAUCUACUUUCCGCCUGCUGCGUCACGGUCUUGAGGUAUCCGAAAUGGCGAAGUCUGAUCUGCCUGGCAAUCCGAAUGCAGUUUGGACGGUGAAGCGAAACUCCGAAGACGAGUAUGACGCAUACAUCAUCGUCUCCUUUGUCAAUGCGACACUGGUUUUGUCUAUCGGUGAAACUGUAGAGGAAGUAACUGAUUCCGGCUUUUUGGGCACGACACCGACGCUAACAUGCUCUCAGCUGGGCGACGAUGCUCUUGUGCAAGUUUAUCCAGACGGUAUUCGGCACAUCCGUGCAGACAAACGUGUCAACGUUUGGCGUGCACCAGGCAAAAAAACUAUCGUUAAAUGUGCCGUUAAUCGACGACAGGUUGUUAUAGCUCUCACAGGUGGAGAGUUGGUAUAUUUCGAAAUGGAUAUGACAGGCCAACUCAAUGAAUACACGGAACGUAAGGAGAUGCCAGCGGACGUCAUUUGCAUGGCGCUUGGUCGCAUACCUGCUAAUGAACAACGGUCGCGCUUUCUAGCAGUCGGAUUGUCAGAUAACACGGUUAGAAUACUUUCCUUGGACCCUUCAGAUUGUUUAGCUCCUCUCACCAUGCAAGGUCUCCCAUCAACACCAGAGUCACUUUGUAUCGUUGAAAUGGGAGUUGGCGAGCUAUCAUCUGGAACUGAUGCGAACGACAAUGAAGUUGCUCACGCAGGUGGGAUACUGUACUUGAAUAUCGGUUUGGUGAAUGGAGUACUUCUGCGUGUCAUUCUCGACCCGGUUACUGGUGAGCUUUCCGACACACGCACUCGUUACUUGGGUACUCGCCCGGUAAAACUUUUCCGAAUCAUGAUGCAAGGCGGAGAGGCGGUCUUAUCGGUUUCGAGCCGAUCGUGGCUGAGUUACGCCUAUCAGAAUCGAUUUCACCUCAUCCCAUUGUCGUACGAGGCAUUAGAAUAUGCAUCCGGAUUUUCCUCCGAGCAAUGUCCUGAGGGGAUUGUGGCAAUUUGUGACAAUUCACUGCGGAUCAUGGCUCUGGAAAAGCUUGGAGCUGUUUUCAAUCAAACAAGUUAUCCUCUUCAAUACACUCCAAGAAAAAUGACUUUUCACCCGGAGUCCAAUCUCGCUUAUAUAAUCGAAACAGAUCACAACUCUUACACGGACGAGGUCAAAGCUGCUAGGAAGCGUCAAAUGAGUGAAAGAAUGAUUGCCGCGGCAUCCGGUGGUACUCCAGAGGAACUCGCGAUGGCAAGGGAAUCAGCAGCAGCCUUUCUGGAUGAAAAUUUACCUGAAUGUAUUUUCGGCGCACCCAAAGCUGGUCCAGGCAUGUGGGCCAGUUUAUUACGUUGCCUCAAUCCGUUAGACGGGACAACGUUGAAUGUUAUACAUUUUCCACAAAACGAGGCUGCGCAUGCGCUCGCCCUCGUCAGGUUCGCUAAUCGACCUCUCGAACUGUUUUUGGUCGUCGCUCUCGUGAAAGGCCUUGUGUUAAGCCCUCGGUCUUGCUCAGGCGGUUGUCUCCGGACGUAUCGUGUAUGGAACAAUGGAGAUCGAUUAGAAUUCAUCCACGAGACACCGGUUGAUGACUUUCCUGCUGCAGUUUGCGCAUUUCAAGGCAGGUUGCUUGUCGGUGUUGGCAAUCGGUUGCGGAUUUACGAUUUGGGUCGUAAAAAAUUACUGAAAAAAUGCGAAAAUAAACAUCUACCGAAUCUUAUCAACGGGAUUUAUUCUGUUGGUAGUCGGAUAGUGGUGACAGAUGUCCAGGAAAGUGUUCAUUGGGUCCGUUAUCGUCCUCGUUCCGACAACCAACUAGUGAUUUUUGCUGAUGACACCAAUCCCCGUUGGGUGACACAUUUGGCCAUACUAGAUCCUUCCACUGUUGCUGUUUCCGACAAGUUCGGGAAUGUUUGUAUUUUGCGCCUUCCCAGUGGUGUGGUCGAUGAUGUUGAAGAUGAUCCAAGUGGUAAUCGCGCUCUGUGGGACCGAGGACUUUUAGGGGGUGCAAGCCAAAAAGUCGAGAUGCUUUGCCACUUUUACGUUGGUGAAGUAGUAACCGCUUUGCAAAAGGCAACUCUUAUUCCCGGAGGGUCUGAAGGAAUCGUGUAUGCCACACUAUCCGGAGCAGUGGGGAUGCUUGUCCCAUUUGCUUCACGAGAUGCUUACGAUUUUUUCCAGCAUUUGGAACUUCAUUUGCGGUCAGAAGGGCUGUCCCUUGUCGGUCGGGAACAUGUUCACUAUCGUUCACAACACUAUCCUUGCAGAGUGAGUUGUUUCGAAAGUUUUUAG